UAGAUGGUAUCAGAGCCACUCUUCCAUCUAAUCUAGCGUUCUCAUCUACCUUCCACCCGCCAUCCAUGGCUUCCUCCUCAAGUGUUCCUGCGUCCCUAGGCGCACCACCGUUGGAGAAGCUGACCAGGGAGAAUUUUCUCCUAUGGAAAGCGCAGGUGCUCCCAGCUCUGCGUGGAGCGCAGAUGACUGGCUUGCUUGACGCCACCGACGCCGAGCCGCAGAAGAAGAUCUCCGUCACCCGCGAUGACAAGACCACCGCGGAAGUUGCCAAUCCGGCGUAUACCUCCUGGAUCACCAGAGAUCAACAGGUGGUUGGCUAUUUGCUAAACUCUCUCUCGAAAGAAAUCCUUACGCAGGUCAUCAGGAUGGAGCAUGCACAUGAGAUCUGGGGUGCGAUCGUGAAGAUGUUCUCUUCGCAACCCCGCUCGCGGAUCACCAAUUUGCGUCAAGCCCUUGCCAACACCAAGAAGGGCAACAUGACGGCGGCGCAGUACAUCUCCAAGAUGAAGGCACUUGGUGAUGAGCUCGUCGCCGCUGGCCGCAAGCUCGAUGAAGCCAAGCUCGUCGAGUGCAUCCUUGUGGGACUCGAAUCUGAGAGAUGCUUGCUGAGUAUGGAGGAGGAAACAGAGGCUUCCAAAUCUCCGCCAACGCCGCAACUCGCGGACGUGGAGGCAAUCGUGGCCGCAGUGGAAACUGUGGACGCGGCAGAGGCGGUGUUCGCAAUGCUCCAGCCGCCAACAACAAUCAAGGUGGACCAAUCAAGGUGGACGUGGUCGUGGCGGAUCGUCUACUCGACGAGAUGUCACAUGCCAAAUCUGCCAGAAAGUUGGCCACCCGGCCAAUGAAUGCUGGUAUCGUUACGAGGAGGACAACUACAGCAAUGAGCAUGGGGCAAACCUUGCCUCAUAUGGCGUCGACACCAAUUGGUACGCCGAUACAGGUGCGACGGUCCACAUCACCGGCGAGCUAGACCGGCUGACUACACGAGAGAAGUACAAGGGCAAGGAUCAAGCGCACGCUGCAAGUGGAGCAGGAUCGAGCCACGAGGAAACUUCUUCUUAGCGGACCCAGCCGUGGUGGACUCUAUCCCUUGAAGUCAUCAUCAUCAUCUCGAGCUAGCAAGCAAGCCCAUGUCGCCACAAAAGUUUCUACUGCCAAAUGGCAUCGUCGUCUUGGUCAUCCGUCUUUUUCCGUAGUUCAACAAAUUCUUAACAAUAAUAAACUUUUGUUUGUCAAGGAUCAUAGUUUUGAUUCCGUUUGUGAUGCAUGUCAGUGUGCUAAAAGUCAUCAAUUGCCAUAUCCAGUUUCUACUA